CACUGACCUAAAUGAUAAUAACCGUAUUGCAGUUUGUGAGCCUCAACCAAUGGGAAGAGAGAUUUUACCUAGUUGACCAAUCCAAAGUACGAGUAUUAAAGCACCUUCAAAUGUUAGCACAAAACGUAAUAGAAUCCUCAUUAGGAAAGUUAAUUUGUGGUUAUUACAUAAGUUUCAGGUUAUCUGAUUGAUUAUAAAGCCAAAUGAAAUGAAUCUAGAGAAUGGGAUUUUUAACAGUUCACAAAUAAGUAUUAAUGACAACCUUGAAUGCAAACCAACCUUACAAAAUAAUCUUGAGCUGAAAGUUACUUCUCAGUCUCAAAUGACAUUAAAUACGCCAUCACUCUAUAUCAAUGUAAAUGAAGACACAACAGAUAUGCCAAUGAACUUUAAUUUAAAUCAGACUGAGUGUAUUUGUCAAGUACUCUAUAAUACCCAGGAAACUGAUCGGUUGAAGACAUUUCUUUCGAAAAUAUCAACGACUACAAUGUAUCAUAACAAUGAAGUCAUUGUGAAAUGCAGAGCCUUAGUUUUAUUUGUCAAUAAAGAAUUUACCGAAUUAUUCAAAAUUUUAAACAAUUUUCCAUUUAGUGUUUAUAAUCAUAAUGAAAUGCAAAAUUUAUGGUAUCAAGCUCAAUAUGCACAAAUAGAGAUAUCACGUGGUCAUCAGUUGAACGCUGUAGCCAAAUAUCGUAUACGUAAGAAAUUCCCACCACCGAACACAAUAUGGGAUGGAGAUGAGGUGACGUAUUAUUUUAAAGAUAAAUCAAGAAAUUAUUUAGCUGAACAGUUUGCGCACAAUCCAUAUCCGUCUAUUGUGGAAAAACAUUUCAUGGCUAAGAACAGUGGUCUUACUAUAACACAAGUAUCAAAUUGGUUUAAGAAUAGAAGACAACGUGAUAAAACUCUUAAUAACUUUAAAAGUAGAUGUAUAACCCAGAAUGGAUUGAGUUACCUUCAACCAACUGAUUUCGAGGCGUCGACAGAGUUCCAUGAACACUUUGAACAAAAUACUGACACCCCACUGUAUGAUGCGAAAUUUCUUGAGACAGCUUGUUCCGAUUCCAGCACAUUGUAUUUUGAUUAUGAAAGGGAACUUCAAGAUCGUGAUUUCAGCUUCCAUUGCCAUCAAUCUGGAAAUUAUUCUUCUUCAUUUUCUCACCUAUACUCUUCAGAUGAAGAUUUUUCUGUUACAAGUACAAAAUACAACUAGUUUGACUCAGAUUUAUCUAAAUAAAAAAGUUACACAAAAAUUUUAAUCGAUGAUCCCAUGUAUACGGGGAAUUUCCAUACAAUGAAACUUGUUUACAAUCAAAAAAUGUAAUAACAAUUAAUUGUUCAUAAA